UAGAAGAAUAGAAACGUACUGAAUCUCAUUUCUCGAUUUCUUAUCGUACAUUAGAAGAUUCUCCCAAAAAAGAAAAAGGAAAAAAAAUCCUUAAAAAAAUCCUUCAUCUUCUUCCUCCUCCUCUAAAGUUUGCCCUAAAAUUUCUAGGGUUUCGGCGAUGGCGAGCGCUCGAGUGGUCGGAGAUUACAUGUUUGGGCGUCAGAUCGGGUCGGGUUCGUUCUCGGUGGUGUGGCUGCUCGCGAGGCACCGGAUCUUAGGGUUCGAAGUCGCGGUGAAGGAGAUCGUGAUGGAGAAAUUGGGCAGGAAGCUGCAGGAGAGCUUGCUGUCGGAGAUCGUGAUCUUGAAGAAGAUCAAGCAUCCCAAUAUUAUAGCUCUCCAUGACAUAAUUGAGGCACCUGGGCGAAUAUAUCUUGUAUUAGAGUACUGCAGAGGUGGUGACCUGUCAAUGUACAUUCAAAGACAUGGAAGUGUUCCUGAGGCAACAGCAAAGCAUUUUAUGCAACAAUUAGCUGCUGGUUUGCAGGUUCUCCGGGAAAAUAAUCUGAUUCAUCGGGACCUCAAGCCACAGAAUCUUCUUCUCUCAACCUAUGAUGAGAAUUCUGUUCUGAAGAUUGCAGACUUUGGCUUUGCAAGGUCUCUUCAACCACGUGGUCUAGCUGAAACACUAUGUGGUUCCCCAUUAUACAUGGCUCCUGAAAUAAUGCAACUUCAGAAAUAUGAUGCAAAGGCAGAUCUCUGGAGUGUUGGUGCCAUUUUAUAUCAACUAGUGACAGGAAGAACACCGUUUAGUGGAAUGAACCAAAUUCAGUUGCUGCAAAAUAUAAUAAAGUCAAAUGAGCUACGUUUUCCUCCUGAUAAUAAUCUAAGUUUUGAUUGCAUUGAUUUGUGCCAGAAGUUACUUCGGCGCAAUCCAGUGGAACGAUUAACAUUCGAGGAGUUCUUCAACCACCAAUUUCUUUCACAACAACCACCAGAGGAAUCAUUAAGCCGAACAUCAUCAGACAUGAGAGAUGUGUUUCCAUCAGUUGAAAGCAGUCCUGCAAGGCCUUCAGUGGAGAGUUCACAGGAAGACUGCCUCCCAUUCAUUUUGGAUGAUGAAUCCAUUGGACAAGAUGGAAACCAAUCUGUGCUGAAGACCAGGGGUUCUGUAAGGCCCACUUAUGGAUUCUCUGUUGACAGCAAAGUGGAUAAAAGCCCUGUUAGCAGCCAGUCAAACAAUGUAGGUGUUGCUUCCAGAUUUAGCAGCUCCCUCAAGAAAAUGGAAAAUACCAAUUUUGGACAAGACACUCAUAUAUCACAGGAUAGAAAUGUGAAAGAGACCACUGCAUCUAGGAAAGAUUUUUCAAUUGUAGAUUCUUUGGAGUUUGUUGAUCAGGAGUAUGUACUUGUUCCUGGACCACCGUUGGAGAUGUCAUCUUCUUCAGUUAGUGCCUUGCCACCACGUAAUUCACCAGGCAAAUUAGAUGGUUCACCAAUUGUACCCCGAAAAAUGAGUUCUUUAAGUGCACCAGUGCCAAUAAGUGGUGCAGCAAUUAGCGAUAGGCUUGCUAUUGGAAGCCUAGAUAAUCGGAGUUCUCCAGCAUCUGGGACCUCACAAGGAUCCAUGGAUACUGGCGAUACUAUUGAACAACCAUCAGCCCACUGCAUGACAAGGAUCAGAUCAUUGCAGCAGUCUGCUUUUGUCAUAACUGAGCUGAUGAGGGAAGAGGUAGCAAAUGGGAGGAGAUUGGAGGCAUUUUCAAUUCAGCUAGUAAUUCUUGCAAUAUGGAAGCAAGCAUUGCACAUUUGCCAUGCUCAUGCUGCAUCGGCCAUAGAAGGCAGUCCAUCUCACAAAGCCAUCCCUAGUAGCAGAGGAUCUUACAGCAGCAGUGAUUCACCACUACCAGAUGCUCUUUGCUCACAAAUCGAAAAAGAUUUUCUUGUUGAGGUUGAGCAUGCUGAAGAACUCGCUAGAGAUAUGGGACAAGUUGAAGAAACUAUGGAGAUGCCUGACGCAAUUGAGAUAAUAUUCCAAUCUGCACUCACAUUAGGUCGACAUGGUGCUGUGGAUGAGAUGAUGGGGAACACAGAGAGAGCAGCAGCUCGUUACUCCAAAGCUGUGUGUUUGCUUCACUUUCUCCUUGUAGAAGCAUCAUCUCUAGUUCUCAAUCCACCAGUCUCCCUCACAAAUUCUGAUAGGUAUCGCCUUCGCUCCUAUAUCGACAUUAUCAGCAACAGACACAGCCAGUCAAGAUCAACCCUUCUCAAAGUGUGAAGAUCACCGGAACUCUCUGAAGCCAAUCAGUGGUUCUUUGUAAAUAUUCAUUUAUUUGCAUUUGUAAAGUGUUGAUUUGUUGAUGACCUAGUGUUGCGUGGUCGUUGCUAGUGUUUCUAUGCAACAUAGAUUCACAAUGUAAACAUGUAGUUGUCUGGUCUCGGGCUGCUGUUCAUUUUAUGUAACCGUUGUCCUCUAGGUAAGAAAGUGGAUGCGUCUGUGUUCCCUAACUAUGAAUUCUUUAUUUAAAUAUUUGACUUUUGUAGAUGGAAGUUCAUGUUUC